AUGGCUGCAGCUUCCGAGAGGAGAGAGCUGAGCGCAGCCGCCUCCCGACGCCCAAGCGCGUAUCCUGCCGCAGUGCACAAAGAGUCCCGCCACAUCACCGUGCGCCGGCCGGCCAGCCCGCCCCCUCCGCCGCCCCGCCAGGAGAGCCGGCCGCCUCCGAAGCCGGAGGGGAGGAGAGAGGAGAUCGGGAGGCGGGCGGGCCGAGCCGGGGGAGAGGCGGGGCGGGGCGGGGCGCCGGCGGGACGGGGCGGUGAGCGGCGCCGAGCAUGCCCAGUGUGGCCGCGGUUGUCUCCGGGAGCUGCGCCGGCUUCGGCCUCAGCGCACAGACCCGGCAAAGAAAACGGUAGGAAGCUGCAGCCUGCGAGUGGGCGGGGCGAGCCGGCCUGGGAGGGCUCAAAGGCGAGGUGGAAGGAUACACGAGCCACGGUCGGAACUACUUUCAGGAGGAGGUCACGUGUGGUCCUAGUUGGGGAACUUUCCAAAUUCCCAUUCCCCUCUGUGUGCUCCGGAGGCAAGAGCUUGGACCCUUCUGCUCUGCUAGAUGGCCACCCCGGGUGGGGGCGGCCGGACCCCAGCUCAUUCCGGUCGGAGCGGAGGAUAGCACCCACGGGCGGUCCGCAGGAGCGCUGUCGGGGCCAACGCCUGGGGAGCUGGUUACACAAGCACCCACAUCCAAGCACGUGCCCCCGCCACCCCUCUCUGCUGGCCGCCGCCAGUUUGUGCACGGUGACGCGGAGAGUCCUCAGGCUGCUCUUCCCUUUCGCUUGCAACCCAUAGAGCAAGCCAGAAAGCCGAGACUCCUGCUCUGGAUGUGCCCACACCGCGCGUUCUCAACCGUGGGAGAAGAGGCUGGGCCUUAAGGGGAUCUGACGCAUCUCCUUUGCUAAUGAGAUGGACCCUCUGUAGGUCUGUACUCGCGGGGCAAAAGGGUAUCUCCUGUUGCUGCUGGCUGCCUGGGCUUACCGAUGUUGCAACAAACUUCCAGUCACUGCCCCUGAACUGGUGAGCGCGCCCCACCUACUGUAGACUCAGCCAAGUGACUUAUCUGAGCACCUAGUCAAUGGCUGUCCGCCCAGAACAAACCUGUCAAGUAAAAGCUUACUGCCGGGAUUGGUUGACCUGUCGCGGUUGAGAGAGCUGUUUCAGAAACGCUGAUAACUAGAGUGCAAGCCCCUCCUCCCGGACGAGCCAGCCACAAAGCAAGCGAUCACCUUGAGCUUGGAGAAAAAUGACAUCAACACCAACGCAGGGAUUUCUUCCUUUUUGUUCUUUUCCCAGAAGACUUAGUUCUCAGGGUGACAAUUUGAGUCCGAAAGUAUCUGACUUGAGACCUAAGCUGAGGCACUGGGUCAUUUUAGAAAUUUGGAGAUUAGUAAUCUAUUAUCAUGGGUAUUGCAGUAAUUGCGAGUAGGUGUGUAGGAAGGCCAGCCGAGGGAUUAUGAAGUAUAGGAGAAAGAAAAUUGCGUAUGUGCACAGCAUAGUUGCAGGCAGCUCCUGAAACCUAGAAACCUCAAGAGGCCUGUCUCAGAGAGCCACGGGCCAUUACCUAACUCCAGGACUGCUAAUUAAACCAGGGAUAUUUACAGUUCUAUUAGAGAUCUCUGAGGCCACUCAAACCUUGCACUUAGAUGCAUCCUUUUAAGAUCUCUCUGCAGGAGUCAGCUGCCCAAGCUAAGCUAGCAUUGAUGUUUAUUGCAGGCUGUUUUUGUGCACGGUUCUGGUCAGUUGGAGGAGGCAGGGAAGACAGAUGAGAGCAAUUUGAAAACAAUAGAAAGCCCUCCAUUUGGUUUCUAAAGAUGUAAAUCAAUCUAACCCACACAGCCUAAUCUAAGAUGGAGAUCUAUUUUACAUAUAACCCCCAAAGUCACGGUGGUAUAUGAGAUGCAGGGUAAAAACCUAAGGUGUGCCCAGAGGAGUAUCUACUACUGCUUGGUGGGGAAAAUAAGGACGAAGUUACAUAAAGAGAAGUAGGUUGAGGAGGGGGGAAAUGACCCACAUUUGUUCCAGUCCCCAGAGUCCCUAUUUUGCCUCUUCCCUGGAGCCAUCUUGUGUGACAUAGACUAAGAGUGUCUAAGACGUCCUCUAAAGGAAAAGAAAGGCAUUCAUUCCUAAGCUUCCUGAUGCUGGGCUGGAGGAAAGAGGAUCCGUCUCUGUUCCCAGAACAUCACUCUAGAGCACAGGGGAUGAACAUCCCAGCACUCAAGUGCUGGAACCUGACACCAGCCCAGAGACACUUGCAAGUGAGGGAAGAAAGCUGGAAGCCAGUUAACUGCUUCCCUGAACAGGUUCCUCCAUUCUCUAGUGGUGAAUGAAUAGAUAACCAUGUUGGCCCGGUGUGUGGCCAGGCUGACCACAACAUCAGGUAUUGCUGGGUGUUUUCUCUCACAGCAUUAAAUACCUUUCUGAAAGAAA